GGCAUCCUUUCUGAUUGGGUUUCCUGGCACUCUGCUAAGACGGAAAUAGUCCAAGAUGAUGGCGGUCGUUAUUCCUCUCCGUGCUUUCUCAGCGAGGUCUGCCCGGAUAGCGCUCGCCUCGAUGCUGCUGCUUAUAGCGCCGGGUCUCGCUUUGGCCGGGAGGAAUCAAGUCAAAGUACUGACUGACGGAGCGUGGCAAGAACUGCUGCAGGGCGAGUGGAUGGUGGAAUUCUAUGCUCCUUGGUGUCCUGCCUGUCAGAAUUUACAGCCAGAAUGGGACAGUUUUGCCGAAUGGAGCGAGGAUCUUGAAGUGAACAUUGCCAAAGUAGAUGUAACAGAGCAGCCAGGACUAAGUGGAAGGUUUGUCAUAACAGCACUUCCCACCAUUUACCAUUGUAAAGAUGGAGAAUUUAGACGGUACCAAGGUUCCCGAACUAAAAGUGACUUUAUCAAUUUCAUCAGUGAGCAAGAAUGGAAGUCUGUUGAGCCUAUUUCUUCAUGGCUUGGACCAUCUUCAUUUCUGAUGAGCAGCAUGUCUGCCUUAUUUCAGCUUUCCAUGUGGAUUAGGCAAUGUCACACUUAUUUCACAGAAAACCUUGGUAUACCAAACUGGGGAUCCUAUGCAAUUUUUGCAUUUGUAACUUUGUUUUUGGGGCUGCUGCUAGGCCUUAUCAUGGUGUUUCUGGCCGAUUGUGUUUGUCCCUCUAAAAAGCAAAGGCCACACCAGCACCUUCAUCAGAGAAAGCUACCAGAAUCUGCUCAGCAUUUGAAAAAAAAAAGCGAAGGACUUGAUGGAGUCAAUCUUGAUGGUGGAAUGGACCGUGGAGAUCCAGGGUACCCUGUUCCUCCACCAAACCCAGUGAGACAACGCGUCGCAAAACCAGCUUCUGAAGCAGAACAGUCAUAGCUCCUGCCAUCUUCUGG